AUGAAAUCAACAGAGCAAGUGUUUGAAGAGAAAGGCAGUAUGGAGGAUUACUUUAAAUCUAAAAUGGCUGCCUUGAAGACUAAAAAAAAUAUAGAACUUCCAAAAACAGAUGAUAAUGAAGAAAAUCCAGAUUUUGUGUUUCAAGGAUUUGCUCUUGAUACAGAUGACACAACGGACAAAGUGAAAACAGUUUCAUUUUACAACAAUGAUAAUGAUGAAGUACAGGAACUUACAACAGUGGAUUAUACAAUCAAAAAGAAGUCGAAGAAGAAUAAAAAAGAAAAAAUCUGA